AGCCUUUUUUUUCCAUUAUAAGUUUCCUUAAUCUGUUAUUACAUUAGAAAUCCGUAGGUGCUCUGAGGGACUGACUGUGCCGGAUGCUAAUGUGGCCCGUGUGGCUUCAACUUUAGAUGUUAUUGAUCUGAUGAAAAUAGGGCAGCGAAAUCGUUCUGUAGGAGCAACGGCACUUAAUGACCAUAGUAGCCGCUCUCACAGUUGCUUGACUGUUCAUGUUCGUGGGCAAGAUUUGACUACUGGAACUGUUCUUCGCGGUUGCAUGCAUUUGGUUGAUCUUGCCGGAAGUGAGAGGGUGGACAAAUCUCAAGUCACAGGGGAGAGACUUAAAGAGGCACAACACAUUAACAAAUCUCUUUCUGCUAUGGGUGAUGUCAUCUCUGCACUGGCUCAGAAGAGUUCACAUAUCCCCUACCGUAACAGCAAACUUACACAACUGCUCCAAGAUUCACUUGGAGGACAUGCCAAAACAUUGAUGUUUGUCCACAUAAGCCCUGAACCUGAUGCUCUUGGAGAAACAAUUAGUACCCUUAAAUUUGCGGAGAGAGUAGCUGGUGUGGAACUCGGUGCAGCGAGGGUGAACAAAGAUUCUGCAGAUGUGAAAGAACUCAAGGAACAGAUAGCCAGUCUGAAGGCUGCACUGGCAAAGAAAGAAGCAGAGCCGGUCUCCAUACAACAUACGCGUCAUGGCAGUCCACAUAACAUCCAAUCAUCACCUUACCAACCUAAUUUGCUUGGGAAGGAGACAGUGGCAGUUUCGAAUGCUCGCAGGAAACUAAUGGGAGAUGUAGAUUGCAUCGAGGCAAACAAGCCUAGAUUAAGGGAAAAGGGACAACACUUUGACCUUGAUGAGCUGCUAGGAAAUUCUCCACUGUGGCCACCAGUCAGCAGUCCAAGUGAGAAAAACUAUAGAGAUACUAAUAACAAUAUUAAGCAGCAUGGUGGCCUCGGUGAGUGGGUGGACAAGGUGAUGGUGAACAAACCAGAAACAUUGCAAGGCACUAAAAGCCCGUCUGGAGGUUGGGAAUCCGAUGAUGUUUUUUAUCAGAAAUACCUCACAGAUUCCUUCAGACCACUCCCAAGAAAGACGUGCAAUCAAUUCGACCUCACUACCGCGGAUGAUUUGGAUGAACUUGAUGCUGCAACAAGCGACUCGUCCGAACAAGAUUUGGUUUGGCGGUUCAACCAUUCUAAAUUUGGCAAAGGUGUGGGGUCAACACCAACAACAACUCCCCCAAGACCAAAUAUGAAACUGAUGAAGAGCCCACAACAACCUAGGACCACCCCUAACAGAUUGGUUCCUUCACAGCACUCAAGAAAGCCUUGCAAUGGGGGUGGAAAAAGAAAGUAGGGAAUUCUUUAAGAUUCUUUUAUUUGUUCUAUUUUGUCUAUUUUGUUUUUUUUAUUAUUGGGGAGUGAGUGACUGAGAGAUGAUAGGGGUUU